GUCUUUAUGUCCAAUGUAAGAAAAUUUUCAUAUAGAUCCUGGAUUCCACUGCAGAGUAAGAUAAGGUGCAGGGUAUUCUGAAGAGAAUGCUGAACCAGAUUGAGGGUCUACAGAAACAGGCCUUCACCUACAAGUCCUACCAGAAGAACUUCAAGGUCGAGGUCACCAAGUACGACGCUCUGGAGGAAGUCCACGCGGAACUGAAGCUCAAGGAACUGCUGUGGACCGCCAUUGAUGAGUGGGAUGGCCAUAUCAAUGAGUGGAUGAAUGUUCCAUUUGAGACCUUGGACCCAGAGCAGAUGAACAACACAACCAUGAAGUUUGCCAAGUCUGUGAUGCAGCUGGAGAAAGGUCUGCCACCUAAUGGUGUUGUCCCCAUGCUGAAAGAAUGCGUGGAAACCAUGAGAGACAGG